AUGCAACGAAAGACUGAUUUGUCGGAUGCGGUGGUCGACCACAUGAUCGCCAAAACCCGGGAUUGUCUGCACCCAAACCCCGCCCUCAGGGCUAAAGUUGUGGUCAAUAACAAGAUAAUGGGCACCAAACGGGAGAGGUAUGAGCACCCGGAGCUCGAUUUGGCCGACUCUAUGACCAAAUACGGCAACCAAUUGGGGAAAUCGUCGCGUUUCGGUCAGUUUGGUAGACGUGGGAAAGACACUGAAAGAGUUGACACAAAUCAAAGCGCAGACCAUCGGGAGUGUAUGGCUUCGCGGCGCAAACUGGAGGGCCGGCGACUCGACUACGACUGCAUGAAACGCAAGAAGUCUAAGGGAUGUCAUGUCGCGGACACUGAUAUGAAGUCGUCGGAGAAUAAGUACAACGAGUCGUAUAAAUUAGCGUCACUUGCGAUGGAGAACCUGUUGGACACCGAAGAGGAUCAGAUGCAACACUUGUCAGCUCUCUCGCAGGCCCUCUACGACUACCACAACUGCGCGAAUGUCUUGAGAAGUCUUACGACGAGAUUGAAGGGAAGGACUGAACCGAAGAGUGCCGUCGAUCUGGUGACUGAUGUUUGGGCGAUGACUGUCAACAAAUCUACCGAAGCGGUCGUACAAUACAACGGUGUGAUGGGUCUCAUGAAACUUAACGGUGAUAUCAACCAUAAAAUCAACACUAAUGACAUUUUCGCCAAAAGUCGAAGCAUUGCAACGAAAAGUGGGAAUCAGUUGAGGAAUAUAUCGCAAAACAUAUCACAGCAACCAUUAAGACAGGAGAAGCCAAAGUGUCGCGCGUUAUAUGAUUUUGAGUCAAUAAGUAGUGAUAAAUUGUCUCUCAAAGAGGGAGAUGUGAUUGAAUUAAAAAACGAAUGGAUAAUAAUUGGUUUGAUGGCAUACUUAACGGAAGAAUCGGUUUAUUUCCCAUAA